CCGUCUUUUUUUUUUUUUCAAACUGGGGUUUAUCCUAUCAAAGAUCAACCAACCGACUUUUACUAUGAUGUUCAACCACUUGGGCAGUUGAGCCAGUGGUGAACUCCUAAUCAAUCAACGGACUUGAUGAAGGCUACGAACGGCCAAAUCCAACAGGCGCUGCAAAGCCUGAAGGCGGGCCAAAAUGGACUCGACUGUGGCGCCUACGGCCUCCUCCUCCAGCACUUCUCCGACCAACGGCUCCCCCGCCUUGCCAAGCAGCUUCACGCUCGCAUAGUCCUCUUCUCUGUUACGCCGGACAACUUCCUUGCUUCCAAGCUCAUCCAUUUCUACGCCAAAACGGGAUUCCUUACUCGAGCCCGCCACUUGUUCGACGGAAUUCCCAAAAGGAACACAUUCUCUUAUAAUGCAAUGCUCAUCUCCUACUCCUUCAACAGUAUGCACUCCCAGGUUCUGCAGCUUUUCUCUGCCUCUCUGGCUUCCUCUGAUUUCCCAAGGCCCAAUCACUACACAAUGACAUGCGUCUUGAAGGCAUUGUCGUCUUGUUCGUUUUGCGGGUCCAGGUCUUCUGCGUGCGAGGUUCAUGGGUUUGUUCUACGAUGCGGGUUUGAUGAGGACGUUUUCGUGCAGAAUGCCUUGAUUACUUACUAUUCAAAAUGCAAUGAUGUGGCAACGGCGAGAGCUGUGUUUGAUACGAUGCAGGAGAGAGAUGUAGUUUCGUGGAAUGCCAUGAUUGGCGGGUAUUCUCAGAAUGGAUUCUAUGAGGAGUGUAAAGGAAUGUAUAAGAAGAUGUUGAAUUCCUCAGGGCGACCUGAUGGAGUGACUGUGGUUAGCGUUCUCCAGGCAUGUGGGCAGUCAGAGGAUCUUGUUUUUGGGAUAGAAGUUCAUCGGUUUGUUGUUGAGGCUCAACUAGAGAUGGAUAUUUCAGUUUGUAAUGCAUUGAUUGGACUGUAUGCAAAAUGUGGCAGUUUGGACUAUGCGAGGCAGUUAUUUGAGGAGAUGAGUGAGAAGGAUGAGGUCACCUAUGGUGCCAUCAUUUCUGGGUACAUGCGUCAUGGUUUUGUUGAUGAUGCUAUAAAUCUUUUUCUGGAGGCCAAAACCCCCGGAUUAAGUAACUGGAAUGCUAUGAUUUCAGGUCUGGUUCAGAACAAUAGGCACGAGGGGGUUUUUGAAUUAGUAAGGGAAAUGCAAUCCUGUGGUUUUAGACCGAAUGUGAUGACAAUAUCUAGCGUUCUUCCGUCAUUGUCAUAUUUUUCAAAUUUGAAAGGAGGGAAAGAAAUACAUUGUUAUGCUCUUAGAAAUAAUCUUUACGAGAAUAUCUUUGUUGCAACUGCAAUUAUUGAUACUUAUGCGAAGUCAGGGUUUCUUCAUGGUGCACAGGGAGUUUUUGAUCAAUCCAGAAGUAGGAACCUGAUCAUUUGGACAGCAAUCAUCUCCGCUUAUGCUGCCCAUGGGGAUUCUAAUGCAGCUACUAGUCUUUUUGAUGACAUGCUAAGUUGUCAGAUUCAACCGGACCCUGUCACCUUUACCGCUGUUUUGACGGCGCUUGCUCAUACUGGUGCGGUGGAUGAAGCUUGGAAGAUCUUUAAUACCAUGUUCCUGAAGUAUGGUAUGGAGCCCUCGGUAGAGCAUUAUGCUUGCAUGGUAGGUGUUCUCAGCCGGGCAGGGAGGCUCUCUGAGGCAGUGGAUUUAAUUUCCAGAAUGCCAGUUAAACCGACUGCAAAAGUUUGGGGUGCAUUGCUUAACGGUGCUUCAGUUACUGGUGAUGUUGAACUUGGUAAAUUUGUUUGUGAUCAUUUGUUUGAAAUUGAACCUGAAAAUACAGGGAACUACAUAAUCAUGGCAAAUUUAUAUUCCAAGGCUGGGAGAUGGGAGGAAGCAAAUAAGGUGAGGAAAAAAAUGAACAGAGUUGGAUUGAAAAAGAUCCCAGGCAGUAGCUGGAUAGAAACUAGUGGAGGGCUAAAAAAUUUUAUUGCAAGGGACUUAUCAAAUGAUGGUAAAGAAGAGAUAUAUACUAUGCUGGAAGGAUUGCUUGAGUUGAUGAGAGAAGAGGGGUACUUUGUUGGAGAAGAAUUUGAUGAAGAGAUCGUUUGUGGUUGAAAGUAAAGGGGACAUGAUAACCACCGUAUCUUCCACAUGUUAGGCACUCUUUUAGGGGCAGUGGGGCACUAAUGGAGAUAGUGUAAUGAUGAGGAUGCCUUGAUUCGCUUGGCCUACCAUGUUUUGGUAUAGGUUGCUUGCUCCAUGCUCGGAUAAAUGUCUCGUCUGAGAAAGCAUUGUUCUAUGUGGAGUGUGGAUAUUGGGGCAUUAAACCAUGAUUUAGAACUCUUGGAAAUCUCAUUGUUCUGAGAACUGUUUGUAAUCUCGCUGAGUGUUCUUAAGAUCGAGACCAGCUUCAUAGUUUAUUGACUCUGACCAGGAUUGGGAUCGGCGAAUCGAGGUUGAAGGUUAAUAAACUUUUUCAUCAAAUACCAGCAGGCACAGUGAGCAGCAAUAUAGCAUUCAGCUAGAAGGCAUUGAUUUGUUUUGACAUU